GGCCGGCCCCGCCGCGGGUGAGCACGACCUGACCCGGUUUCCUUCUCUCGCCUUCUCUUCGCUGCAACGACACGGUUGCUUCUCCCCGCGGCGGCAUCUCUCCUGCGCGGCGGCGCCGUCCCCUGAGAGCCGCGACGGCGCGAUAGGUUUCUGACUUGACACGGGAGCGAUGGGGGACGGCGCCAGCGGCCGGGGCGGCGGGGGCGGCGGCGGGCGGCGGGUGGGGGAGUACGAGCUGCUGCGGCCGAUCGGGUCGGGGGCGUACUCGCAGGUGUGGCUGGGACGGCACCAGGAGCGGGGCACGGAGGUGGCGGUGAAGGAGAUCGCCAUGGAGCGGCUCAGCAGGAAGCUCCGCGAGAGCCUCCUCUCCGAGGUCGACAUCCUCCGCCGCAUCCGACACCCCAACGUCAUCGCACUCCACGACUCCGUCAAGGAUCAUGGGAGGAUAUAUCUCAUAUUGGAGUAUUGCCGAGGUGGUGACUUACAUGCAUACCUUCAACGGCAUAAAAGAGUUUCUGAAACAGUUGCAAAGCAUUUCAUCCGUCAGUUAGCAUCUGGUCUGCAAAUGCUUCGUGACAAUAACGUGGUUCAUCGAGACCUAAAACCUCAGAACAUUCUUCUUGUUGAAAACAAUGAAAAUUCUCUGUUGAAGAUUGCCGACUUUGGAUUUGCAAAGUUUUUGCAACCAUUUGCCCUUGCUGAAACACUUUGUGGUUCACCACUUUACAUGGCUCCAGAAGUCAUGCAAGCACAGAAGUAUGAUGCAAAGGCAGAUCUAUGGAGUGUGGGUGUCAUUCUCUAUCAACUUGUUACCGGAAUUCCACCUUUUAAUGGGGAUAAUCAGAUCCAGCUGCUUAAAAAUAUACUCAGGUCACGUGAAAUACAAUUCCCAUCUGAUUGUGAGUUGAGCCAUGGUUGCAUUGAUUUGUGCAGAAAGUUGCUGCGACUCAAUUCAGUGGAGCGGCUUACAGUUGAAGAAUUUGUGCAUCACCCAUUUCUUUCUGAACAUGCUCCAGAGAGGACCUUGAGCCGGACACCAUCUGACAUUAGAGAUUUGCCUUCAAGCCAAAGUUCUCAAGAAGAUUGUAUGCCUUUUCCUUUGGAUGAUGAGUCAAGUGGACAGGAUGAGAGUCCAGUUCCUGACAGUAAAAGUCCGAUGAAAUCUUAUGGGUUCCCCAUGGGUAAAAGAUUGGACAAAACUUCAGGCCAGAGUCCAUCGAAACAUAUUGGUCUGUUCUCCAGAUAUGUCUUGGGUAAUAAUCAUCCUCCUAGUAGCCAACACCAUGACCAUGCUGGUAAAAAGACCAAGGAAAGCAAUAUUGAUGAAGUACAAGGUCGUAAAGGUGGUUAUCCUGAAGAUUCCCCUAUCAUUGAUUCAUUAGAGUUUGUAGAUCAGGAAUAUGUCUUUGUGUCUGGACCACUCCCAGAGGGUUCAUCUUCUUCAACAAAUGCCUCUCGACAGCUGAACUUGCCAGCAAAAUACGAUAAUUCAUCUGUUUCGCCACCCAAGUUGACUUUAUCGAGUGCACCAAUGCCGAUAAAUGGUGUGCCGUUUAAUAGACAACAAUCUGCUGGGACUGGUAGCUUGGAUAGCCACUGUUCUCCAGCAUCUGGCACUUCACAGGGAUCCGCAGAUAUGAGUGAUGCCAUUGAUCAGCCCCCAUCUGAUUAUCUGACAAGGAUUAGAUUGUUGGAGCAGUAUGCAUCAGCCAUAGCAGGGUUGGUCAAAGAUGAGAUCAAAGCUGGCAGACACUUGGAGGCAUUCUCUAUUCAGCUAAUUGUUCUUGCAACCUGGAAGCAAGCAAUUCAUUUAUGCAAUACGUUUGUAGCUUCAGCUGCAAGAGAGUCUCCUUCCCAGGAUAUCCCUAUGAAGGGGCUAUGUGCUGAUGUUCCCCAUUUGCUUGCAAACUCUCAGCUGGUUGAUGAUGCCUGCAUGCAGAUAGAGAGACAGUUUCUCUCUGAUGUUGAAUAUGCUGAAGAACUAGCCAGCACUGUAGGACAGAUAGCUGAUGGUACAGAGAUGCCUGAUGCGAUUGAAAUAAUAUUUCAGUCUGCCUUACAUAUAGGAAGACGUGGUGGUGUCGAUGAGAUGUUCGGGAAAGCAGCAGAUGCCAAGACUGGGUAUACGAGGGCGGUAUCCAUGCUGCGGUUUCUCCUGAUCGAGGCACCAUUACUGGCCCUCAACCCCCCUUUGACUCUGACAAGAUCUGAUCGGCAUCGUCUGCGCACAUAUAUCGAAGCUCUCAACACCAGGCUUGGCCAGAUGCACAGCCAGAGCCAUUAGCUGCUUCCGUGCACCCUCGAGAUCUUGUUCAGGUCAAGGGAAGGUGGACUUGUACAAUAUUCUUUCAUUUGUAAAUAUAUUUGUUUGCCCAAACUAGGGCAUGUAAGAUGUGGGGGAAUGUGGAAUUAGGCAGAGCAGCGAAAAUCCAGUGUAACUAGCCCAGGCGACUACUAUAAUGUGAAGGCUGUGCUGUGCCUGUACGUGGUAGGUUCAUCCUGUUCCAAGCAAAAGCUAAAGAUAAUAGUCAUCUGUGGAAAUGUAAACAGAUUGACAGCUACGUUAGUCGUCUUUUAUUUAUCUAUUGGGCUUCUACACGACAUUGGUGGUG